AUGUCAAAUCCAGGAAGGAUUAUUAUUGCGGUGACGAAAACGAUCCCAAAGCAUUACAUCUUGUACGAUUUAAAGGAUUUCCGCGGCUAUUGCCCGAAGUUAAGUUUGCGGUUUCAUAAAUUGCACAUACAUGCGCUUAGGAAAUUCGAUGUUUUAGGCAUCCUCGCUUUGGCCAACUAUUGUCGAUGGCUUCGCGAAUUAUCUUUAUCGUACGCCCUGCUGAGCGAUGAGCUACUCUUAGCAUUGUGUUCGGUAAAGAAUAUCCACUUGGAAACUCUGCGGAUGGAAGCAUACCCGGAAGCGAAGCCUUUUCCACUUGUUAGCGACAAAGCGUGGUCCGCGUUUUCAAAUCAUUUUCCUGACAUAAAUCUUGCGCUACUAUCUUACAUGACCGACGAUGAUAAUCAAAAAUUACUUUUCACAUCGCAUAUUCCCUUAACGCAUUUGUAUCUUGGCGACGCAACAUCCGAAUCGAUGUCACGCAUAAGCAAGCAAUGUCCACGAUUGAUAGAAUUAGUUAUCGCCACAUAUGAAUCCGGUCCGAUCGAUCGAUUCCUGAUUUCCAUGGCCAAGAGUUGCUCGCACCUUAGUGCCGUCAGUUUGGGCGAUUGUGAAAUCACCUGUUCUGGAUUAGCGAAAUUCGUUGCGCUGUGCGCACAUCGUCUGCAGGUAUUAUACAUUUUGGAAACAUCACUGAUAGAAAAUGCAGACUUUGAUAUCGCUAAAGUGUCGACGAACUUAUCCUCGCUCCUUGGUCGGACAUGGGUACCGGAAUAUGUACCAUUGUGGUAAUUUCCUGAGAAGUGAAAAAAAGAGGUUUCAACGAAAUUUACAGCCGUAACAGGAUACAUAACGAAAUAAAAUAUUGACGACGUACUUUUCUAUUUUUUCAUAAAUUACAUGACAACUUACAAAGAUUUUGUAAUGUCGAACAAAAAA